UGUUGUUUUGGGUCCAAGACGACGCAUAUUCCUUGUGGCCCGACUCCCUCUGGCGCCUUGACCAUUCGUCGCAUAGAACUUGUCGCGUAGGCGCACAAUCCCAGCAUACGCAGCGUAUCGUCUGGCGGCAACCAGGACCCCUUUGAUGGCCGGUACGGGACGAUGCCUGUCUGAUCCCGUCGUAUACGGGUCGGAGGCCGGAGGAGACGCUGACGAACUCCGACUGCUGAGCACGAGCGAAACGUUCAUCAACCUCCGAGCGCAUGGCGGGAGCCUGGACUUCGUCAGCACCAAGGUGUUCUCGUGGGACACGAGCACCAACUCGCCGGACGAAGACGAAACCGACGGUCGGUCGUACAUCAGCGCCAUCUCGGAGAUUAUCACUGACGAGGACGAGACUUGCGAGGGAAAUGCCAAGAACACCAUGGGGGAGGCCCGCAUGGACAUCGAGAGCAGCGAGAUCGGCUACCUCGGGUACUGGGACAGCGAGAGCUACGGCCUCACUUGGAAGGUCCGCGGGUUCUGCGAGGACAAGUCUAACCCGGAGGUGUUCGACGACGUGAACGUGUACGGCAACGUGUACGACAGCGACAUCCACCACAUGAACUUCGGCCUCUACACUUACGGCCACCAGCAGGGAGACUGGAGGAGGAACAAGAUGCACGACAACUCCGGAUACGGCUUCGACCCUCACGACGACAGCGACUUCCUCACCAUCCACGACAACGAGGUGUACAACAACGGCUACCACGGUGAGGCUGCUGUACGAUCAAGACGAACAAACCUCUUGCAUACCCACCUCUAUUAUGCUGGGCUUGUAAAUUUGUGUGCUUCCUAUGUUUUUGCCGGAACACACCGCGAAUGGACAUGGUGGGCUGUCGAGUGUCAUAUGAGAUGCCAUAUUUUUCUGCUCUGUUGUCGCUCCCAUCGAUCCCUUGAUGCCACCGGGAAAUGAACAGUUCGAGAUCCUUGCCUCCUUACACCUUCCU